CGUCGUUCCCUACUUUUGUCCAACCUUGGCCUCUGUAGCGCAAACCGUCUAUUAUUUGGACGUUGUUCAAUUCAUAGAACAGUGCUUUUCUAGUUUAACCGAAUCUGAAAUCCGCAGUCAGCUAAUCUCCGUCGAUCUAAUUUUACCCUGACCUGCGUUGUUUUAUCGGUUCUCUUUCGUUAAGGCUGUGUGUUCUCCCGGUUUGGUCAUAAUGUCGUUCAGGAAGGCGGUCCGGGUUGUUUGUGGGCUCGCCGGGGGCUCUGCCGCGCUUCUGGCGGCUGCUGCACUCGCUGAAUCGAGGGGUGUCUUCGGAGAGAAGCCGGGCGAGCCCGGGUGCAGGAGAGGCUGGAGCGGGAUAGCUGUGCUCCGGGCAGCUCAGAGCUUGACGGCGGUCAACCCCACGGUCGCACCGAGUGGAUUCGGCUGGGACUCUAACUGGGAUAAGCGGGAACCACUUUCCCUGGUUAACAGCAAGAGGAAAGAUAAGGAGACAGGGGAAGGUGAACUGCCCACUGAGCUGCAGAACAACAAGCCCAAAGCAACGAGGCACAUCUUCCUCAUCAGGCAUUCACAAUACAACCUGAACGGGCAGAGUGACAAGGAGAGGAGGCUCACCACAUUGGGUCAGGAGCAGGCAGAGUUCACUGGGCACAGGCUGGCAGCCCUGGGUCUGAAGUAUGACCUGCUCAUCCACUCCACAAUGACGCGGGCGACAGAGACCACACAGAUCAUCAGCAAGUACCUCCCAGGAGUGGAGAUGGUGAGCUGUGAUUUGCUGAGAGAAGGGGCUCCCAUUGAACCAGUUCCACCAGUCAGUCACUGGAAACCAGAAGCUGUGCAGUACCACGAGGACGGAGCUCGGAUCGAGGCUGCCUUCCGGCGCUACAUCCACCGCGCUGACGCCAAACAGAACAAGGACAGCUACGAGAUCAUCGUCUGCCACGCCAACGUCAUCCGAUACUUUGUGUGCAGGGCUCUGCAGUUCCCUCCGGAAGGCUGGCUGCGCAUGGGACUCAACAACGGCAGCAUCACCUGGCUGACUAUCCGUCCCAAUGGCCGGGUGGCCCUGAGAACGCUGGGAGACUCUGGCUUCAUGCCUCCAGAGAAGCUGACUCGCACCUGAUGAGCUGUCUCAGCCUGGCAGUGUCCUGUGUCUGCUCUGCACUCGAUUCAGCAUUUAACUGCAUAGAAAGCUAUGCACUGCUACAGUUGUGCUUUACCGUAGUAUCUGUAGUGGGUUUUUUGGGGGUUUUUUUGGCCUCAAGUGUCUUGAAGAUAUUCUACAGUCGUGAACCUUGCUGUCGGGUUCCAUAAGGAAUCUGCUUUUUUUUGUACUGAAUAUUUUCACAAAGUGAUCGCCGCUCUAAUUGUUCCUCUGUGAUGGAAGGACAAUGCCGCUGUCCUGUCUGGGGAGAUGUAAUUUUUUUUAUUAGUUUUGUAUAAAAUAAAAUUUGUAGUGUUUUGUA